GUAGCUUCGAAAAAACACUGAAAAGAAAACACAGAUACAGACCUUGCCACGGGCCAGCAAAUCAAAUGAAGCAGCAGCAGAAACGUGCAUAGCCACUGCUAAAGUAAUACAUCCAAAAUUCAAUCAUUUAUACUGUUUCACGAAGAAUUCUAUGCUACUGACGUUAUAUUACUACUAAAAUUAAAAUUGCCAUCAAACAAAUGCAACGGACCAACGCCAUUUAAGUGAUACAACAAAACAAAUAAAAGUUUAAACAACAUAAGUGCUGUGAUUUCCACUACAAAACAACAACAACCAACCAACAAAUGUUAAUUUAAACUGCAACAAGAAGGAGAAAAAGCAAUCAGCAAGAAAACAAACAGCAAAUUGUGAUAAAUUAAAUAAUCUUAAUUAAUUAAUUGUACAAGUGAUAAAAAGGGCAAAAAGCCGUCGGAAAACUACGAGCGAACGAACGAACGACUUUCGAUUCGAUUCGACUUUCCACCAAACCACACAGAAAAACCAAUGAAAAUGGAUGUUAUCCCCGUGCAAAGCAUCUACGGCGGUAUUCUGGGAUCAAACAAAAUUAGAGAUUGGACCAUGGUUGCCGUCGAAGCGACUCUGAACGAUAUGUCCAGAAAGGGCAAGACCCUCGGAACAGGCAGCAGCAGCGCCACCGGCACCGCCACCGCCACCAGUAUUAAGCACAAGCAGCCGGCGGGCAACAACAACAACGUUGGCCAGAGCCAGAGCAAGAAGACGAAGCCCAGCGGCAGCUACAACAGCAACUACUAUUACGCGGACGAGGAGGAGGGCAGUCACGUUUCGCUUGAUCUCGACAUAAAGGCAGUGGAGGAGCUGUCCCUGCGACUCCUCGACGAACUGAGGGCGGCCAAGUCGCGGCAUUUGACCUGCACGGAAGUGUCGCUACCCUGUGAUCUCACGCCGAGCGUGGCCCGGGAAAUUAUCCGAGUGUCGGAGAAGGAGCCCUGCGGCAUCCGCGGCUGCACCAUCUACAUUGAGUUCGAGGAUGAGCCGAAGAACUCGCGUCGCAUCGCCUCGAUCAAAGUGGACCCGGACACGGUGUCGACUUUCGAAGUAUAUCUGACCCUCAGGCAGGAUCAUCGCGGCUGGACGUCCCUGUUGCCGCAGUUCAUGAAGAGUUUGGCCCGCACGAUCACCAUCAGUCCGGAGUACACGAUCACCAAGAACAAGUUGUAUUCCGCCGAUGGUUUGGGCGCACGCCGGAGCUAUAGUUUCGGCAGCCACGCCCACAGCCCCAGUGCGGCCAUCGCCACGCCCACAAAUUAAGGUGAUCUGCAAGAUCUGUCAGAUAUAUAUGCGUAUAUGUCUGCAAAAAAAUAUAAAAUAAAAAACACCACCCCUGUGAUGAUCGAGAGCAGUAGUUUGUUGCAGUUGAAGAGCAACAACGAAGCAAGUAUUCGAAGCCACCCCACCUACACCACACACACAUACACACACACACCUAAUACACACACACACACACACACAAUACACACCACACAUUAGGGUACGCCAACCACACUCUCAUACUAAUACUAUAUAUGGGACCGUAAGGCCCGAUUUUUGUAAUUGUGACUCUCACCACCAUUUUACUUAGAUGCGUAGUGCUAUAACAAAUAACUAGAGUUUUAAGUUGUUUCUCCUUUUUCAAAAACGCAAAAGCAAGAAAAACAAAAGGCGAGAAGAGCGGAAGAAAAGUAAAGAAAAACCAACAUGAAAUUCAAAGACGGCAGCCCCACGAUACCCAGAAUCAUAUUUCUGGGGCCUUCGCUUUGGGGCUCGCCGGUCGACAACUCAUGAAUAUGUGAUACUGUUUAAGAUGCUAAGAGUUUUUUGCCGGGUAGCCCAAAAUCCGGCAAAAGACGUUGAUAAAAUUACACAUUUAACACACACAAAAAAAACACACACGCCACACACCCCCCCAUACACAACAAAAAGAACAGAUUUUUUUAAAAAUUGUAUGCUAUAUAGUAAUAAACAAACAAACAAACCAACAAAA